AUGCUUGUCAAAGUCUCAAGCAAAUCAUUCAAGUCCCGGGUCCCGGUCUUGCUUUACUAUAACAAUAACUCUCAUCUUCGGUUUUUCCAUAGCUCAAAUCCAACACCCGUCCAUUGGUUUUGGCGCUUCAACGCUGUUUUUUCUCGACUAAGACGUACUGGAAUCCUCCCGCCACCAGCAUCCCAAAUCGCAGCAGCUGCUCGGAAAGCACCAUCUUUCAAAGCACCAUCUUUCAAAGCACCAUCUUCUAAAAUACCAUCUUCUAAAGCUCCGUCAUCGUCACCCUCACCAUCACCAUCAUCUUCAUCGUCACCAGCUCUUGAACCUGGGUCCUAUAUAUCUUUGUCUUCUUCCAUUCAAAACCAUCCCCACCAUCACGCACCGUCAUCUACCACGCACCAUUUUAUACCACCUGCCCAUACAACCCACCACCCUCACCUACCACUUUCACAACAGCCUUCACAACAGCCUUCACCUUCACCACCACCACCUUCACCACCACCUUCAUCACAGUCUUCAACCCCCCGCCGUGCUCGUUCCCUCCGCCGAAUUUUCCGUACACCCACCGCUUUUGCAAACUCUCAAAUGUCUCUCAACCACUACGUCGAAGCUACUAAUUCGCGUGAUUUUGACCAGGACACUCUGCACCGGGACUCUUCUUCCCCUGUACCAUCUGCUCAGCAAGCAGCACCACCUGUACCGCCGCCGCCAAGACGUUCCCAAAACGCUGCUACCCCUCCUCCUCCCCCCCCUCCUCCUCCACCUCGCUCUCGUAAUCAAUCGGUGACUUCUGCACUAACCUCAGAACCCUCUUCAAUACCUUCACAAGACUAUCCUCCAGACCAAUAUGAAGAACCCUCACUACCUUCGUCAUCAAAUAAACCUUCCUCGCUUUCAGGUUGGAAAUCACGAGCUGAAUCUGUAGUCAAUAACUUUGCCACCAAACACGCAAAUGCCUCCUUUUCUCGCCAAAUAUCACGCAUCAUUUCUGCAGGUCACGCCACAUCGCGUGAGCUCCCUGGAGGUGUUUUAUCAUCAUCUUCAUCAUCUUCAUCUUCCUCUUCAAAAUAUAUAGAACCCUCUGAAGAUGAAUCUCUGCUUAUUUACCCGUCAUACUGCCGUCAAACUGAAGAUGGCGAUUUCGAGCUCGAUGUCAGAGGCUGCGUGUCCUUACCACCUCUCCAAAACAAUAGAACUAAAAUCCUCAUGUCCACCGCACGCAAAAUCGCAGGCGUUCGUACACAGCCAGCAACUUCAUCUGCUGCAAACUUUAGAUUUUACGAAUCCCAAGACCAUUCGUCAACAUCUUCACUCAAUUCCUCGUUAUCUUCCUCAGCAACUCUAGAUAACCUGACUAACGAUCUGGAAACCGUCCGCACGGAAUCCGAAUCAAUAUCUUCUUCAGUAGACUACACUAAACUAUCGUCCAACCAUCGCCUCAGUGAUCCCCUCGAUGUCCGUAUGAGACCAUUUCUCGCACGUUCCGUCCCUAAUCGCGAAAUUGAAAUUGAGGCAUACUCCGCCUCUGGACAGGUCUCCAACGACCAUUCUACAACAACAAACAAUGCCGGCCGCUUUACCACCCGUAUCCGGCUAGACUUCCAACCAGUCUACGCACGUGUUAUUUCUGGCGGCAUCAAGCAUGCUGAAAUUGAUGUCCCAGUAUACCCACCAACAGGUGUCAGUGUCAUCUCCGAUAUUGACGAUACCAUCAAGAUUACAGGCAUUCUCGGCGGCAAACGUGACAUUUUUAGAAACGUCUUUGUUUACGACUACAAGAAAAUUCAAAUCCCAGGAGUCCUUGAGUGCUACCAGCGCUUAAGUCAACUUGGCGCUUCGUUCCACUAUGUCUCCAACUCUCCCUGGCAACUGUUCCCAACAAUCAAGGAAUUUAUCAACUCUUCGGGCUUCCCUCAAGGUUCUUUCCAUCUUAAAACUUACACAGGCUUUAUUGGCGGGAUUUUUGAAGCUGCCGCUGAAAAAAAGAAGCAGAACCUGCAUAAGAUUCUAAGCGAUUUCCCCCACCGCCGGUUUAUUUUGAUUGGCGACUCUGGUGAAGGCGAUCUUGAAGCGUACAUUGAUGUCACCUCCCACUUCCCGGACCAAAUCAUGGGCAUCUUUAUCCGCGAUAUAACGCUUCCUGAAGAUGACACAACCCACAUUGCCAAACGUGACAGUGACGUUGAACUCUUUAAAAGAAAUUUUGUUCCAAGACCUUCAGAAAUUGACCGAUACGAUCCACCGAGAUUUAAAAAACACGAUGUUAUUUCUAAAGAAGAAGAAAAAGAAAAAGAAAAAGAAAAAGAAGUACUUCAAUGCCAAGAUGUACCACCACCUUUGCCUCCUAGAUCCAAGGCCCCCACUCCACCUUUGAUUGAUCUUGAAGACUCAGUUCAAACCUCAACUCCUGCAUCCUCUGAACCUAUUUUGGCUUCGGCUCCAGCAUCAACUCUCCGAGCCCCUAGAAAACCACCUAAAAUCCCUCCCAAACCUGAGAAACUUCGGACCGAAAAUAAACUCCACUCUGAUGCCAAAAAACCUGCUCUAGACCUUAAACUUGAUGAUUCCAAAUCUACUAUUUCCAAACCUGCUGGAGAUGUCCCGCCACCGUUGCCUAAACGUCCAGACACAAAUCUUGUCGUCAACAGCAAAUCCCGUGGUAUCAUUGACUCUAGCAACCUUCCUCCACCUCCUCCACUUUCACGGGGAACUCGAAGUGCAACAUUUGCAGGACCUUCCCACAGAAACCUUCCUAUAUCAUCAUCGCAAUCAUCAUCGUCUUCUUCUCUGGCACCUCCGACACCCAUUUCUAGGCGUAGCACAAGCGUGACUAACCCUGUGGUAAUGUCUUCUGCCCAAGACGACUUUUAUGAUCUGCUCGACCGACGAAUUGAAAGCUGGAAGGCACGUGUGCACAGCGCGCGUGCUCGGUUACCUCCAGGAGUCGUUUUACGCAUGUGGCGUGUGGGCGACGACAUGAUGGCGGAAGCCGCAGAACUUGUUCGCCGAGAAGUGGAAAAAACACAGAAACUGAAAUAG